GGUGGGCGCGGAGCAGAGACCCCUGAGCCGGCCGAUCGCCUGCAGAGUCACCGCUCACCCUGCUUCCUCGCCCGCGGGAGGGUCCCAGGGUCUGUCCGGCAUGUCUGUCGAGUCGGGCACGCAGGGCGCCUCCCCCAGGCCCACGCGUUCCGGGAUCCAGAAGUCGUCGGGCACAGUGACCAAGAAGGGGGAUCGCGCGGCCAAGGAGAAGCCCACGACGACAGUGCUGCUGCCGGUGGGCGAGGAGGAGCCCAAAAACCCCGAGGAGUACCAGUGCACCGGGUUCCUGGAGACCGACUUCGCCGAGCUCUGCACCCGCCUGGGCUACGCCGACUUCCCCAAAGUGGUCACCCGGCCCCGCCCGCACCCCACCUUUGUCCCCUCCUCCUCGGUGUCGGAGAAGCCGGUGGAUGACCAGCGGCCCUCAGGCUCCUGCAGCCUCAACAGCCUGGAGAGCAAGUACGUGUUCUUCCGGCCCACCAUCCAGGUGGAACUGGAGCCCGAGGACAAGACCGUGAAGGAAAUCUACAUCCGCGGCUGGAAGGUGGAGGAGAGGAUCCUGGGCAUCUUCUCCAAGUGCCUGCCCUCCCUCAACCAGCUGCAGUCCAUCAACUUUUGGAAGGUGGGGCUGACGGAUACGACCCUGGCCACGUUCAUCGCCCUGCUGUCUCUCUGCUCACCCACACUCAGGAAGGUGUCCCUGGAGGCCAACCCGCUGCCGGAGCAGUCCUACCACAAGCUCAUGGGGCUGGACAGCACGAUCACGCACCUGUCCCUGCGGAACAACAACAUCGACGACGAGGGCGCGCGGCUGCUGGGCCAGGCGCUGUCCACGCUGCACACUUGCAACCGCACCCUGGUCUCCCUCAACCUGGGCUUCAACCACAUCGGGGACGAGGGCGCCGGCUACAUCGCGGACGGCCUGCGGCUGAACCGCUCUCUGCUGUGGCUGUCCCUGGCCCACAACCGCAUCCAGGACAAAGGCGCCCUGAAGCUGGCCGAGGUCCUGCAGCCCUUCGAGCUGACACACACCGAGGUGGUGGAGCGCCGGCGCCUCCUGCUGGAGAAGGGCACCCAGGAGCGCCUGCGGUCGCCUUCCUCUUCUCGGCAUGGGGAAUCCAAAACGGAGCGAGAGAAGAUCCAGCUGAUGGGAGUCAGCAGCGUGGCGCUGAUGGACAAGGCGGACAAGAUGAUGGCAGUGAAGACCUCGAAGGGCCUGAUCAAGAAAAAGGAGAAGGCAGCGGAAGUGGUGAAGAAGGAGGAGAAGUCGGGGUCCGGACAGUCCCCCAUCCCAGGAAACCUCAAGAAGGAAGAGGCCCCCAAGACAAGCAAGGGGAAGGUGACCAUCCCCGAGCAGCAGAAGCCGACCAAGGGGAAAGGCACCAAGACGGGGAGCAAAGAGAAGCGCAGCACCCUCCUGGAGUCCGAGCAGCUGAUCAUCGAGGCUACAGAGAUGGUGAACCCUCUGCUGGAGCCCGUGGAACACCGAGACGGGAAAGUGUUCAUGCCUGGGAACAAGGUCCUCCUGCACCUCAACCUCAUCCGAAACCGCAUCACGGAGGUGGGGCUGGAGGGCUUCCUCGGCGUGGCGCGCUACCAGGCCCAGCCGCAGUCCUCCAAGGCCUCCAAGAGCGCGCCCAAGGGCCCCACGGGGCUGCUCCGGCUGAACCUGGCGAAAAACAACUUCUCCCCGCAAAACCCCAUGUACAUCAUGAUUCAGGACCUGAUGCUGCCGAGGGACCCCAUCAGCAAGGCCAAGCACAGGGAGGAGGAGUCCACGGCGUCGGCCACCUAGCCGCCCCCUCGCACCUCCGGCCCGGACGCUGGUCACAGGAGCAUCUCCUGUCCGGUGUGGGCUGAGCGAGAUCUCCGGUCAGGUACGAAGGCCGCUGCUGUACUCUCCCCCCUUGAAGUUGUUUAAAGCUUUAUUCUGGAACUACCUGGGACGUUCGGACUCUGUUCAUGUCACGGCCAAACUGGCGGGAUCGCUGCCGUUUGCCGGGCCUUGCUCUCCCGUUUCCUAGAGCACACGCACCUCGACGUCUGAAACCCUACACCCAAACGGUGAGGGGCCAGCGGCGUCGGGAGAGCUGGGGCCCAUCGGUGUGGCUCCCUGAGCGGCCCACUGACCAGGCGGAGUGCGCACAGGGCUGGCUCCCGGGAGCCGGCAGCCACGUCACGGGAGCUUCCAGGAGUGUCCCUCCUUCCCCGCUGGGCAGGUAACCUGGCCCGUCUCUGUACGCUGUUGCCUCGACAGAGAUGUGCUCUCCCUGCCGAGAACUCUCUAGUGAGGCUCAGUGGCUCUCCAGGCCUCUGGCCACCUGCUCGGCCUCUGGGCUGCUGGCCGAGCUGCAGGGAACCCAGCCAUGCUUUAGGUUCCCAACACGAGCAACCACAGGUGCUUGGCGAGGAUGCCACCUCGGCUGCGCCAGUUAUUCCUGCCUGAAUCCCUCUGCAGCAGUGGUUCUCAACCUUUCUGAUGCCGCGACCCCUUAACACAGUUCCUCAUGGUGACCCCCAACCAUAAAAUUGUUUUCGUUGCUCCUUUAUAACUGUCAUUUUGCUGCUGUUACGAAUCGUAACGUAAAUAUCUGAUACGCAGGCUGUCUUAGGCCACCCCUGU